AUGUCCUUUCUAAAUACAAUAAGAGGGUUAGGAAGAAGUUCGAAAAAGAACAAAAAGGACUUGGACGCUUCACAGUCCCCGUCAUUCUAUUCAAAUUCAAAUUUAUCGGGUACUGUUCUAAAGAGGACACAAUCUCCCAAUAAAUUAUCACCUUCGAAGCAUUCUGCUACAUCGCCAAUACGAGGAGGAGGAGGUGGUGGUUCAACAAAUGCCCAAAAUAUACCGACGGUGAGACUACUGCAAGGAUAUCUGCAACAGGGCUCGCCAACAAGACGUAGCAAACAUGUGCAUCCACUGCUGCAGCUGCAACAUCAUCAUCAUCAGCAACAUGAUAGACUGCCUCAAAGAACGGUCCAGUAUACUACUAAAUCGUCUCAACAGCAAAUGGCAGAACCACCGUUAUUCUUGUGUGAUCCAUAUGUGAGAACUGCGCUUGUCAAGGGUUCCUACAAGACUAUUGUUCAACUACCCGCAUUUGUUGACUUGAACGAAUGGCUAGCGCUCAAUGUUUUUGAGUUUUUCAGUAAUUUAGAUGCAUUUUAUGGCUUGAUUGCCGAUUUCGUUACCCCUGAAGCGUUUCCUACAAUGAAUGCAGGUCCAACAACAAAUUACCUUUGGGUCGACGCUUCAGGUCAAGCAGUGAACUUGCCUGCGUGCCAGUACAUUGAAUACGUGCGGACCUGGAUCCUGAAUAAAAUCAAUGAUCGAGAAAACUUUCCCACGAAAACAGGUGCGGUUUUCCCUCAGUUUUUUAUCAGGGAUGUGAGAAACAUUUCAAGACAGAUGUUUAGAAUAUUUGCAUUCAUUUACUAUAAUCAGUUUGACAAGAUUAUUCAUUUGAGUUUGGAAGCUCACUUAAAUUCGUUUUUUGCUCAUUUCAUUUCGUUUAUUAAAGAAUUCAAUCUUUUAGACAAGAAAGAGUUGCAUCCUUUACAACCGUUGGUUGAUAAUUUUGAGCAGCAGGGGAAAAUCUACUAG